AUGAUAACCACAAAUGAUUCCUUGGAAGUAUUUAAAACAUUUGAUAAAAAUAACGAUGGGUUCAUUUCGCGCUCAGAAUUACGAACGGUGAUGAAGUCAGUCUAUGGUGAAAAAGUGACAAGGGAAGAACUAGAUGACAUGAUAAGAGUUGCUGAUUUGGAUAAAGAUGGAAAAAUUAAUUACGAAGCCGUAGUAUUUAUCACAUUUUAUCUUGGACAGUAUUUACUUUGA